UUGACUUCCUCUUCUGCUGCCGGAACGUCCCAGUGUGACACCAACCGGAAGUAAACAAGCCGCUAGCAGCAUCGUUAGCUUUCCUCGUGUGAGGACGGAGCAGGAAGACGGUUGUGUUGUCGUCUCUCAGCUGAAUAUUUCAGUGUUUCAGCAACAAUGUCUUCAGUUCAGCAUCUGAGAGAGUUUAUCAGCGAGCGACUAACUGCUGCUGCUGAAGAAAUAUUCACAGAGUUUGAAAAAACCAUCGUCCAGUACGAAGAAGAGAUCGAUCGUCAGCGCAGACUGCUGGAUAUCACCUGGAAUCCACAGAUAAAGUUAAUCAGAACAGUGGUUCCACAUCAAUAUGUCUACAAGGUGGAUGAAGCUCUUCAAGAUGACCAGCAGCUGUGCAACCAGAACUCAAACCUGGACCAGGAGCAACCAGAGUCUGCUCGUAUUAAAGAGGAAGAGGAGGAACUCCUCAGCAGUCAGGAGGAAGAGCAGUUUUGGCUGAAGGAUGAAACUGAUCAAUUUCAACAGCUCAUCCAGGGGAAUCCCGAGACGUUCCCAGGCCAGCCGAGAGAUGUCGUCCGUCCAGCAUGUCCUGGGUCUUCCCCGCGACCUCCUCCAGAUGGGACAUGCCCGAACACCUCAUCAGGGAGGCGUCCUGGAGAGGUUCCACAUCAAUAUGUCUACAAGGUGGAUGAAGCUCUUCAAGAUGACCAGCAGCUGUGCAACCAGAACUCAAACCUGGACCAGGAGCAACCAGAGUCUGCUCGUAUUAAAGAGGAAGAGGAGGAACUCCUCAGCAGUCAGGAGGAAGAGCAGCUUUGGCUGAAGGAUGAAACUGAUCAGUUUUCAAUACCGGCUGCUCAUGAGGAAGAUGGUCACAGUGAUCCAGGACCAAACAGGGACCAUAUUCCCUCUUACAGUCCUCCUGCAGACCAACAUUCACCUUUAGAGGAAAGCAUGGUUGAAGACUCAGGACCAACAACGUGUGCAGAUACACAGCCAGAAAAGAGCUGUCUAACGGAGACAAAUGAGAACGUAGGAGAGUCCUUUCUGUUAGAAAGUCAUUGUAAUGAAAGAGAUGAGAAACAACAUUCCUGCAAGUUCUGUGGGGAACAGUUUAAAACGAAAAGUAAGUUAACUGUUCAUGUAAGAAUUCACACAGGAGAGAAGCCGUGUUUAUGUCAAACAUGUGGGAAAUGUUUCGAUCGCCAGGCUACUUUAGUGCGCCACAUGAGAAUUCACACAGGUGAGAGGCCAUAUUCUUGUCCAACAUGUGGAAAAUGUUUCACUCAAAAUGGUCAUUUAAAGUACCACAUGAUCUCUAACAUAGGAUGUCUAAAGCCACCUUCUAGAUUUGUUAACCUAAAAUCCCUUGAAAGACAUAAAACAGCCCACAGAGAUGAGAAACAACUUUCCUGCAAGUUCUGUGGGAAACUAUUUAAAAUGAAAAGUAAGUUAGCCAUUCAUAUAAGAAAUCACACAGGAGAGAGACCGUACUCUUGUCAAACAUGUGGGAGACGUUUCACUCAGCGGAGUACUUUGGUGAACCACAUGAGGAUUCACUUCGGUGAGAAGUCAUUUUUUUGUCAAACAUGUGGGAAAAGUUUCAGUCAAAAUUGUUAUUUGUUAAGUCACAUGAGGAUUCACACAGGUGAGAGACCGUAUUCUUGUACAACAUGUGGUAAAUGCUUCACUCAAAAAAAGCAUUUGGUGAAUCACAUGACAAUACACUCAGGUGUGAAGCCAUUUUUUUGUCCAACAUGUGGAAAAUGUUUCGGUCGCAGGGAUGCUUUGAUGAGCCACAUGAAAAUCCACAAAGGUUAAAGGGCAUAUUCUUUUCCAACAUGUGCAAAUUAUUUCAAUCAAAACGGUCAUUUAACAUUCCACAUGAGCUCUAACAGAGAAUGUCAAAAGCCACCUUCUAUAAAGAAAUGUGGAAAAUAAAUCACGUGUCAAACUCAAGACCCGCGGGCCACAUCCGGGCUGUGAAUAAACUAUCUUUGGCCUGCAUGAUCAUAUCUACUUACUAUUAGAGCUGGCCUGCUGAUACAGCACACGUACCACCAUAAUACUACAAGUCCCACAAUGCACUGCUAGUACGUUUACAAUCACAGGCCUGCAAACGCGUACCUCACUGAUUCUCCAGAAACCUGACGGAGCUGCUCACCUUUGUGAACAACCCCUCUCCCCAGAAAAUGGCUAAAGGAAAAGUGGACUUUGUAAACAGAGAAUAUGUUUGUGGAUGUAAAGGACAAAGCUGUGUGUCUUCUGUGUGGAGACAGAGAGGCUGGAAUGAAGGACUACAACGUAAGAAGACACCUUGAAAUGAAGCACCACCACAAAUACAAGCAUCUGGAAACAAAGACUCCAGAAGUAGAAGAGGUUUUAACCCUUUAGGCUCCAGAGUUUUUACAAGUUUUUAAGGGAAACUGAGAAGAAAUGUUGAACAUGAACCAGAGUUUGAGUAGUAGUAGAAGAAAAAUUACACAUCUAGUUUCAUAUUGGUAGCCGUAUUAGACA